AUGGAGUUGAGAGACGUUUGUGAUUUCAAUGACUUUGUUAGGUUUGACCCCGAGGUAUCACUCUACUAUACUGACAUUCAGUACUGUGAACACGGAGAACGUCUCCAGACAGUGCUUAAGGUAGUUGAAAACCUCGGUGUGAGCUAUGUAAGAAGUGGUGAUACGUACAAAAUUAAGCUGGAGCAGGAAGUUUACCUCUUCUUUUUCUGAAAUCAAUAAUAUCUUCUCUAGGCUUUGGCUGAGGAUGAUUAUGAGGCAAGAAGGAAAGACCAUAUUUCUCAUUUCAUACUACGUCUUGCUUACUGUCAGUCUGAGGAUCUCAGGCGUUGGUUUCUUCAGCAAGAAAUGGACCUCUUUCGAUAUCGGUUCAAUGAAUUGAGUGACGGUUUAAGGCAGAAAUUCCUGGAACAUGUUAACUUAUCAUUUGAAGCUAUGAGUGAAGACCUGAAAAAUGAAUGGGCAAAUGAUCUGUGUGCAUCAACCCCUGGCCUCAAUAUGAAUAAAGUAAAAGAACAAAUGUUCUAUAAGUGGUGCUUUGUUUUGGGUGUUGUUUUGCCCCCCUCCCCCCCCCCCCCCUCCUCCCGUUUGGCCUUCCGUAGACUGUGGCUAUUUAGAGCCAGAAGAGUGUUUAUCAAGGAUGGCUUCGCAUAUGUGCCACUUAAGGACAUCGAUGCAAUUGUUUUGAAUAACUACAGAACAAAGUUAUCUAAAGCAUUGGCGCUGACAGCACGAUCGCUGCCUUCCGUACAGUCUGAUGAGAGACUACAACCUCUGCUUAAUCAUCUCAGCCAUUCUUAUGUUGGUCCAGAUUACAGUGUACAAAAAAACGCUGGAAAAAUUUCUCUAGAACACAUUGAUGCUCUUUCUGUGAAAUCAUUCCCUCUUUGUAUGCGCCAGUUGCACAAAGCCCUGCGGGAGAACCAUCAUCUCCGUCAUGGAGGCCGUAUGCAAUAUGGGCUGUUCUUAAAAGGCAUUGGUUUAACUCUGGAACAGGCACUGGAAUUUUGGAAGAAAGAAUUUAUUAGAGGAAAAGUGGAUGCAGACAAGUUUGACAAAGGAUAUGCUUACAGCAUCCGCCACAACUAUGGGAAAGAAGGAAAGAGAACUGAUUAUACCCCGUACAGCUGCAUGAAGAUUAUCAUGUCCAAUCCACCAAGUCAAGGGGAUUAUCAUGGGUGCCCGUUCCGCCACAGUGAUCCUGAGCUGUUGAAGCAGAAGCUGCAGUCAUACAAGGUGCCUCUAAAUGGAAUAACUCAGAUCCUGGAAUUAGUGAAGGGCAUGCAUUACCAGCUGGCCUGUCAGAAGUACUUUGAGUUGACACAUGAUGUUGACGACAUUGGGUUUUCUUUGAAUCAUCCUAAUCAGUAUUUUGUAGAGAGUCAAAGGUUAUUAAGUGGUGGUAGAGAACUGAAGAAAGAACCGAGUCAUUUAGGAAACUCUCAACAAAAAAAUAGUGGUCAGGAAAGCAUAAAUUCGAACUCUACUCCCACCUCUUCAAAUGCAACAGCUGAUCCAGAACUGGAAGGACUGGAGGCGUACUUCGCUGAAGACUAAGCAGCUUUGCGGAUUUUUCUUUCUUAUUCUUUCCCUUCUCUAGCCAGAUUCUUCCUUAUAAUAAGGAAUAUGCACUUGGAUACCUUGAAAACAGAAGCAUUUAGCGCUUUGAAUAGGCUGAUGAAAAUGACGACAGAUACUGAAGCUG